AUGGCGUUGCCGAGCAACUAUAAGCAAAUAGCUGUUGGAGCGCCAACGGGACCGGCGACACCGAUACCCAGUGGUGGGAGCCGGUCUCGCUCGUCUGGCGGUGGCGGCGGCUCGGACCGCAACAAGGACCAGACGCCCAUAUUUACGCACAGCAAUUAUGGGAAUCCAGCGUUUACCCCGCAAAAGGUCACCAAAUCGUCGAGCAGCAAGAACCAAAAUGAAUCCCGUCUGCCGAAACCGCCAAAGCCGCCAGAAAAACCCAUUCUGCCAUAUAUGCGUUACUCAAAAAAGGUGUGGGACAGUGUAAAGGCCCAACACCCAGAGCUCAAAUUAUGGGAGCUGGGCAAGAAGAUCGGUGCAAUGUGGAAGCAAUUGAGCGAAGAGGAGAAGACGGAGUACAUUGACGAAUACGAGGCUGAGAAACUGGAGUAUGAGAAGGCAUUGAAGGCGUACCAUCAGACGCCCGCUUACCAGGCGUACAUGUCCGCCAAGAGCAAAGUCAAAUCAGAUGUGGAUGUGCACGAGACGCCAUCGCGCGGUGGUGGCGGCAAGAGCCAGCACGAACGUCGCAUUGACAUACAGCCCGCAGAAGAUGAAGAUGACCUAGACGAGGGCUACACAGCCAAGCACAUGGCCUAUGCCCGCUAUUUGCGCAAUCAUCGCCUCAUUAACGAGAUAUUCUCCGAAGCAGUUGUCCCCGAUGUGCGCUCUGUAGUCACUACACAACGCAUGCAGGUGCUGAAGCGUCAGGUAAGCUCUCUUACCAUGCACCAAACCAAACUGGAAGCUGAGCUGCAGCAGAUGGAGGAGAAAUUUGAGGCCAAGAAGCUGCGCAUGGUCGAGUCGAGCGAAGCGUUUCAGGAGGAGCUAAAGCGACACUGCAAGCCCGCCGUCGAUGAGGAAACAUUCCAGAAAAUGGUUCAUCGCAUGUACGAGGACAUAAAACGCGAUCGACAACGCCUCGACGAACCCAACUCGGCGGUGGCGCAAGCAGCGGCUGCAGCACAAGCAGCAGCAGCGGCGGCAGCCGCCAAUCGCAACGAAGAGCACAAGCAACCGCCUCAGCCAAGCGCCACUCCAGCGUCAGCACAAGAACCGCCAACAUCUGCAGCCCAAAAGGAAGUUCAGCCCACUAGUGUCGCCAUAACCGCAAAGCCGCCGGUAACUAAUAAUGCAACGAUACCAGUCACGCUGCCGGCAGCGCCAGUAGUACAUCAGCACGAAUCUGGCAGCAAAACGGAUCCGGAGCCCAUGGAUAUCGAACCGCCGCCAAAGCCUUCAGUACCGCCACCACCCAUAAAGCACGAGAAGCUUGAUAUGGCCAGCGCGCUGCCACCACAAACAGCGCCCAUGUUAGCAGCAGCCCCACUAGCUGGUGGCCUGGCAGGCCCUGGCAGCAGCGAGCCACCCAAGGAUGUGAGCAAGCAAGUGGCACCCAAUAAAGUGCCAACACCGGUGCCUACACCAACGCCACCGCCUCCACUAUCGGUAGGUGGCGGAUCGAGCAACGAGCAAGGUGGUCCACCUUCUGUUGGUGCACCACCCUCAGCGGCAACCACGCCUACGCCACCGCCAGCGGCGGUGCAACAGCAGCAAACGCCACAGCAGCCGGGUGGUGGUGGUGCCCCGCCAACGGCAGUUCCCCCUUCGGGUAUGCCACCAGGCAUGCAUCCACAUCAUGCACCACCGCCUGGUCACCCGCACAUGACGCCACACAUGGGACCACACCAGGCGCCGCCCGGACUGCCCGGCAUGCCACCAGGCUAUGCUAACUAUGGCCAACCACACGGUCCACCGCCCACUGGCCCCACACGCUCGCCCUACUAUCAGCCCCAAUAUGGCGGACAUCCGACUCCACAGCCCUACUACGCUCCCUAUUCGCCCUACCAGCAGUCCUACGCACCACCGCUUAGCCCCCACUACAUGAACGCUCGUCCGCCGCCACAGCACAACGGCACACCACCGCAACAGCAACCGCCACCAGGUGGGCACAUGCACGAUCCGGCCGUCUACGUGCAGCAGCCACCACAGCACCACCCGGUGCCACCGACGGCCACGCAGCAGCCCACGUUGACAACGCCCGGUGGUGCAGCGGCGUCGGCAACAGCAGGAGCCGUGCCACCGCCACCACCAGCCGGUGGCCCACCCCCCACAGCGCUGCCACCCAUGACGACGAGUCAGACGGGACCAGCGGGCGAUGGAGGAGGGGCGGCCAGCAAGCACGAGAGCGAGAAACACGAUACCGACUAG